GUUUUAUUCACAUAUACGGAUCCUUGUGAUUGUCUAACUCAAGUUUGGUUAGUUUAUUUGAUUAGAAUGCCUGCUUAUAUUUAUACCUUUGCCUCCCCUUUGUUUCAUCUGUCUAUAAUGAUUGAGCGUGUUUUGGCUACAGUUUAUGUCAAAAUUUAUGAAAAACAAGGAAAAAAGAUUGGAAUUAUUAGCACAAUUAUUGUGUGGUUAUUAACAUCAAUUUUUGUCAUUUAUAUGUACAUAAGUUCAAUUAUUGAUGUUGAAACAUUUGGCCAUCCAAUGGUUUAUUAUGUACUUACAAGCAUUUACAAUGCUCAAAUACUUGUUGAUAUCCAUCUUUUCUACUUAAUUUUGGUUAUAAUUAUAGCUAUAACAGAUUAUUAUUUAAUUAAACAAAAUAAAACAAUUAAAUCAAAUUUUUCAAUAGCAUUUUAUAAUCUUAGUCAAAGUUAUCAAGCUAAACAAAAUAUUCUUGUAAUGAGAAUAAUUUUCCCUCUCGAUUUUUCCUAUACUUUUGCUUUCACAAUUUACAAUAUUCUGUCGAGUAUAAUUCGAGCUAAACGUGAAGAAUAUGGUCAGCUUGUUUAUGUUAGAGCUUUUGAUAUUAUUAUUUUGCUACUUUUUAUUCAUGCAAUCAUAACUUUGAUUGUUUACGAUUAUUUUUUGAAGAAACAAAGUGAAAUCAACAAAUAUUUUAUUAAAAAGAACAUGAACUUGAGUUCAGAUAUUUAUUUUAAAAAAUUAAAUCAUGCUUGGAAUUAA